AUGCAGUACAACCUACAAGUGACGUUCCGACAACUCUGGCAAGAUUCUCGCCUGGCAUAUCAGAGCAGUUUUCCCAAUGACAAGGUUCCUAAAUUCAUUAUCAUCACAGAAAAAGACCUCAUCUGGACACCGGAUACUUUUUUUCUGAACGAAAAGCAGGCACACCGCCAUGAAAUCGACAAACUCAACUUGCUCCUUCGGAUUUACGCAAAUGGCAGCGUGAUGUAUUCAGAGCGGCUAUCACUCACACUUUCCUGCCCGAUGUAUCUGCACGUGAGUUUCGAGUUUGGCAGUGUGGACAUCGUAAUACCGAACUCACUUAGUAGCCCCCUUCUGACCUUUUCGAACAAGUAA